GAGUGACACUAAAGUGGAAUCGAGGAAACCCACGAAUAGGAAGAAUUCAAUAUUAUUUCCUCAUCAAUCUUCAAGAGCUCAACCACCUUGGCUCAAGCUCUCUAUGGGACCCAUCACUUUCAAGCGUUCACCAGCCUUUUCCGGCACUAAAAUGAUUUCUAGCGCCCACACAAUGCUCCUAAUCUUGACUUUACUGCUGUGUCUCGCUACGUGUGCAAAGCUAGGUUCAAGCGUGAAGUCCGGUAUUACAGCAAAGGUCAUUGGAGACCUUAUGAUUGGAGGAUUGUUUCCGAUCCACGAGAAGGGUUCACAAAACGUGGGAUCACUCGAUGACGAGAGGUGUGGACUUAUCAACGAGGAUAGAGGGAUCCAGCGAGUCGAAGCUAUGCUGUUUGCCAUAGACAAGAUCAACAAUGAUUCUACGAUCCUACCCGGUAUCAGAUUAGGGGCAAGUCUGAGAGACACCUGUUCAAUAGACACAUUUGCCUUAGAGCAGUCUCUUGAAUUUGUUCGGGUUUCUUUGACAACGUCGAAUCCUGCAGAUUGUCUAAAUAAGAGCACUAUUGUAGCAUCAACGUCUGCUGGCAGUGUAGCGGGUGUCAUAGGUGGAUCCUACUCUACCGUAUCUAUGCAAGUGGCCAAUUUACUGAGAUUGUUUGAGAUUCCUCAAAUCAGCUACGCGUCUACCAGCGCUCGUCUUUCAGACAAGUCUCGAUUUGAGUUUUUCGCGAGGACAGUUCCACCGGACACACUCCAAGCCAAAGCCAUUGCAGACAUCUUAUCACACUUUAACUGGACUUACGUUUCAACUGUAUGGUCUUCUGGAGAGUACGGCGAAUCUGGAAUGGAUCAGUUUGAAAAAGAGCGGUUGCAUAGGAACAUCUGCAUUGCAGCUUCUGAAAAAAUCCCCUACUCACCCGAUGCUAUGACUUAUGACAUAAUCAUUAGUCGGUUAAUCAAGAAAAAGGCAGCCAAGGUUGUCGUUCUAUUUACCCGCGAUGUGGAUGCACGCGACUUGCUGGAAGCUGCACUUCGCGUUAAUGCUUCGAAGAAGUUUAUAUGGGUUGCUAGCGAUGGGUGGGGUGUUCAAGACACGCCUGUUAACGGGAGAGAGACUGUUGCAGAAGGAGCGAUCACGAUCGAGCUCCAAACUAAAAAGAUAAAGGGGUUCGAUCAAUAUUUUCGAGGUAUUAACCCAAGGACGAACACGCGGAAUCCAUGGUUCAAAGAUUUCUGGGAGCAGAAGUUCCAGUGCCUAUUGGAACCUGGAGAUAGUGUAAAUACAUCGACGCCGUGUGCUGAAAAUGUUCUGGAUGAAGCAAAUCAUGCGCAAGAAAAGAAAACACAGUUUGUCGUGGAUGCAGUGUUUGCCAUGGCACAUGCUCUACAUACGAUGCAAACUGACAUGUGCCCACACACGGAGGAACUCUGUGAUAACAUGCUGCCAAUAGAUGGAAGGAAACUUUUUAAGGAAUACAUUCUUAACACAACAUUUGUAGAUCUCGCAGAUACUGAAGUUAGCUUCGAUUCGCAGGGAGAUGGACUGGGACGUUACGACGUCAUGAACUAUCGACCAAUCGAAGGUACUGAUGAUUAUCGGUAUGUGAAGGUUGGUGAAUGGGCUAAUAUUCUAUCUAUGAACCUGUCAGCGGUUCAUUUUCACCCGGAACUAGGGGACUACAAUUCCCAUAAUGUACCAUACUCUCAGUGCAGCAUGCCAUGUGGUCCUGGUCAAGUGAAACUCAUCCAGGAUGAUCAGAUAUGUUGCUGGAUGUGUAUCAAGUGUCAGCCUUGGGAGUAUCUGCAGAACGAAUAUACCUGUCGACCCUGUGAUAUUGGCUACUGGCCGACUCCAGACCUCACAACGUGCUACAAACUAGCCAAGCAGCACAUGGAUUGGGUAUCCGUGUACACCAUCGUUCCGAUGUGCUUUUCACUGGCGGGAAUCAUCGUCACGUGUGGAGUCAUUAUCAUUUUCUUUCAGUACCAGGACACCCCGCUGGUCAAGGCAUCCAGCCGCGAGCUGAGCUUCCUUCUCCUUGGUGGGAUCCUUAUGUGCUACAGCAUGACGAUUCCCAUCGUGACCAAACCAUCGGUCAUUGUCUGCUCUAUCCAGCGACUAGGUCUUGGGUUGUCCUUCAGCAUAUGCUACGCGGCCAUGCUGACAAAGACAAGCCGUAUCGCACGGAUCUUUGACAGCGCCUCAAGGUCGGCCCAACGACCGAAGUACAUUAGUCCAUGUUCGCAGCUCGUCAUAUGCUUAGGACUCAUCAGUGUCCAGAUCUUCGGGGAGUUAGUCUGGUUAGCAGUUGACCCGCCCUCAACGGUUACCCGUUUCGCGGAAGAUAGAUCAGAAGCGAUUCUUAAAUGUGGAAUAACAGAGAUCAGCUUAGUUUUAUCGCUAGUCUACGAUAUGUUUUUAAUAGCAAUGUGUACAGUUUAUGCUUUCAAGACAAGGAAGAUACCUGAAAACUUCAACGAAGCCAAGUUUAUUAGUUUUACAAUGUACACGACCUGCAUCGUGUGGUUUGCCUUUGUCCCGGUUUACUUCGUUACCAAAGAUGACUUCAGACUUCAGACGACGACGCUGUGUGUAUCCGUGAGCAUAUGUGCAUCCGUGGCGCUCGCCUGUCUCUUCGCGCCCAAAGUUUACAUCAUCGUCUUCCAGCCUCACAAGAACGUGCGUAGACUCAGUUCCCAUUCGUCUCGACGCUCGCAAUACGACGGCACACGGUUCCGGGACGAGGUGAACAAUCACAAUCUGUACAACAGCGGUUCCGUCCAAAGACCUCGACCGCAUGGCAUCAAAUUAACACCUCACGCAACACAUUACGAUAGCCAAGACACCGAUGGAGAAACCAGUCAAGCCUAUCUGUGACGUAAUAUGACUUCACCUACCCAUAAUGCAAUAUAUUAUAAAACACGUGUCCAAUCGAAGUCCUACAGCGACAGAUUUAAUCGACUCGGAUACCCAAAGAAGAGGAAAUUUUAUAACAGCGCCAAGAUGAAACUAAAUUUGAUUCUAUCGUUACACGAUGACAUCUAGAAUGUUGAUGUUGAUUCCGAGGAGUGUCAUCGUUUCGCUAUGUAAAGUGAUUAAGGUAAACAUUGCAUUGCAGGCAAACAUUGGACUAACUUCAUUAAUGGCAUAUUCGGUGACACUAUGUAUCGGACUUAACACCUAAGUUGAAUAGAGCGAGUGAAAUAUGGUUUUAUGCUGGUUGGUUGAGCAGAGGACAGCUAACGUGUCAUCUUUAUGAUCAUCAAACAUAACCACUGCAGUUGUCCAACACGUGAUAUCUCACCCUUCAUACAGAGUAUUGCAUAUCAUGUGGUUUCGUCAAUCACUCAAGGGUUUCGCGAUGGUAUCACGACAAUGCCCCCUCUCUAACCUCGCACCACGCGAGCUGUGAAUAUGGACUUACAACAACGUCAAUAAACUGAAGUACGUUGUCUUUUCACGGAAGAAAAAAGUUUAUCCUAGAGGGUUGUUUAUCAUCAUAAACUACUUUGGACCGUUAUUUUACUUGAUGCUAUGAAAACGACAUCGAUGGCCAUCAUUCGUCACCCUCACGAAAGGUCAAACCACUGUGUCACCACGAAAUAUCACCUGGUUCAUGGACGGACAAUCACGUGAUAAGGAGAGGGCGCGAACCGAGACCACGUGAACACCCUGUAAAAGUGCGCCAUUUUAACGCCAUCAAUCACUCUGCCCGUCAUGUCAUGAUCAAUCUAACCCAUCGGUGACCCGGCACCAAAGGUGUGACAGAAAUCAAAGGCUCAUCGUGUAUGGUCGUCUUCUGAAGCAUCGUGGAAAAUCUAACACUGGUGAGGUACGAGAUGGAGAUAGAAUUGUACAUCUUGGGAAAGUGUCGUCAUGCCAAUGGCAUUUUGUGCUAGAUUGUAUAGGUUUUGAUGCUAGCCGCUACAUGAGAAAACAAUAAAGUAUGUACUCAAUCAAAUCUUGUUUGUGAAAGAGACUGCACAUGAAAACUCCCAAAACGCACAUCAGGUUUUGGACUUCUAGAUGAAUGCAGCCAAGCACAAUGAUCAAAUCUCUCUUCAAAAUGUGAUUGUGGAUGCGAUUUGUUAGGAUUUGAUUAGCGGCAAAUAGCAAACUCGAUCCAAAUCUAUCGAACCGCAUGUGCAUGUGAUGGGCCUGAAGCUAUAUUAGUUGAUGCAAUUGUGAGGAUUUGAUGACAAUCAUCUUGGGGAACAGACCAAGUUUUUAUUUCCGACAAUGAUCGCCUGUCACCCCCGCAGCGUCAAAAAUGUGACGUCGACGCGAUGUGCUCGCCGUUGAAUCAUUUAAUUUUUUCUUUUACCAACUGCUACCCCAUUGGGAAAUCAAUCUUGGAUAUCUGCAGAAAAAUAACCGCAUCAUGGAUACUGACGGAAAGCUGAAUUGAAUGUGCAGUGAGGAUUUGUGCGUAAACAUAUUUUGAUGGGUUGUGCGGGAGCGCAGGGAGUCUGGUAGGGUAUCACUUGCUUCUUCUGGAGGGUGAUUAUUUUAUACCAUGUUAUGGAUCUGAUAUGUGACAAGUCUUUGGGAAGAGGAAAACAAGUAUCCAAUUGGAUGUCAUCCCUUUUGCGGAAGGCAUCUUUCUCAGUGCAGCUGUGGUCCUUUGAAACGCAAAGUAACGAUCCACCUGUGAGCGGAAAUCAAUAGAUCUACGGUAGAUGUGUAGUUAUGCUGCUGAACAGGAAUAUUCUAUUCAGGAUACGAAGCUUGCGGUGGGAGCAUCGUGUUCUCCUUUUUAGAGCUCUAUCAGUUGAGUCUAACGACCACAAAGAGCAAAAUAGACGAAUGAUAAUGAAUAUCUCCAAUAUACUUUCAGGUGGUGACUCAAUAGGCUGAACAUUGCAGUAAACUAAAUUCAUAAUGGCAUUCUUAAAACUGACACAUUUUUUCUAACGAUAAACACGAAGAAAAAUAAGAAUGAGUCCAAUUGUACAAGAGAACUAAUAUUAUUUUGCUCGAAACUCGAAUAUAAACAAUUUUAAGCAUAAUUUAGUAUCAAAUAAUAGUAUUAAACAGGUACUUAAUAUGUCAAUUUCGACUUUAAAGCAAGUCAAAAACUAAAUCACAGUGUUAUUAUUAUUAUUAUUAUCGCACAGAUUGUUUACUACAUAACAUACUACUCUCCCCCUGUUUGUUAUCAUCUACGACCUGGGAGGUGUUUCACAAAGACUAAGACGAACUUUAAGUUGGACUUAACUAUGACAGGCUGUUCAUUCCACUGCUUCCUCUCACUAUUUACUGGCAUUGGUCUCACAUCUACAGAAUUGAGCUUUUUUGAUA